CUGCCAGCCUCUCCUCCACUUCUGCGGUCUGUGGCCUCCUACGUAGGGGAGCCUAGCCCCUGGGCAGCCCUUUCCCCUCCAAGGACAGGCCUCUCUGACCUGUAGGCAACAAGGUGGUGGGGUCUGAGCAUCUGGGAAUUUAUUAGCCCAGCUCCUCAGCUGGGUGUGCUGCCUGGGGGGUCCCCAGCUGCAUCCUGCGCUGUGAGAAGGCAGGAGGCUGCCAGGUGUCUCAUUGGGGCACCAAUAUUAUGCAAUAGUGCACAAAAAAGAAAUUUAAUAUCCAAAUAACUUUAAGGUAGAUGCAAAGAAUACUAAGCCCGAACACCAAAGCCCAAGCACCAAAGAAAUAUCCAGCAUAAGCAAGAGCUCCACCUCACUGGCACACACAGAGAUGUCCCCAGGAACACGGCAAUGCUUGCAGGGAUCACCUAAGAAACUCCAGAAAGCAGAGGCUGGCGAAUCUCCUCAGGCACACGCUGUCCUCAGGUGCAAGAGCUUGAACAAGUCACUGCUCCUCUGAAGCUGUGUGUGGGCUGCUUAGUCUGUGUAAAGGAUAAGGGAUUAAGAAACAUUCCCAUUUCUUCCACCUAGAAAGGCCGAUGAGGAAAGGAGCAAGCAGACGCGAGGUCAUCCAGGACGUCAGGCUGAGAGCACAGAGCCCAGGCACCCAGCACAGAAGGCCUCUCGGGUGCAGCCUUGCCCCUUGUUCGGGGAGGAAAAGGAGCCGAAAUGUGUGCACUCGUGUAGCUGUGUGUCCGCUGCUGCAUCCCCAGCUAGCACCCGAAAGACGACACUCAAUAUCUGCUCAAGGAUUUGGAGCUGAGUUCACAGAGCCCCUUGGAAGCUGGCUCCCCAUCCUCAAGGAGGAGGAACAGAGAAGCACAGGUGCCCCGGGAUGAGGAGACUGUGGAGGCUUCCUCUUCGAGGCAUUUACAUGCAACAAAAUGCACAUAUUUUACGUUCAAAGUUUGACAAAGAAGUUUAACAAAGGUCUACAAUUUGGAAACCAGUACACCCACCCCUCCACCUGGAGAAAAUCGACCCAGAAAGCUCCCUGGUUCCCCCUACGGGAAUGUGAGCCAGCUUUCAACAGCAACAUCACAGCAUUUGCACUGAAGGCCAAGGUUGUCUACCCCAUCAACCAGAAGUUCCGGCCUCUAGCUGACGGCUCCUCCAACCCGUCCCUGCAUGAGACCCUGAAGCCCACAGCCCUGCCACACCAGCCAGGGGGACCCUCGCCAUCCAGCAGCCUGGGCAGCCUGAGCCCGGCCGAGAAGGAUGAGUGCAGCUCCUCCUGCAGCUCCCACUCGGCCACCAGUGAGGACAGGCUGCUGUGCCGGGCCUUCCUGCAGGCGAGGAGCUUCCCCGAAGUGCUGGCCUGUGAAAGGGCAGACAUUGACCUGUGUGUCUAUAACCUCCAUCUCAAAGACCUGCAGUGCCUGGAUACGGCCCUGAGGCAGGAGCAGCACAUGAUGUUUAUUCAGAUUUUUAAAAUAUGCCUCCUGGACCUUCUUCCUAAGAGAAAGUCAGAUGACGAACUGCACCAAAAGAUCCUUUCAAAGCAAGAACGCGAUUUGGAGGAAUUAGAGAAGGGACUUCAGGUCAAAUUGGCGAACGUGGAAAUGCUGGGUACCAGUGACUCCGGGUACAUCACCCUGGCAGACGUGGAGAGGAAGGAGAGAGAAUACUCAGAGCAGCUUCUGGACCACCUGGAAGCUUUCUGGAAACAGAUAGGAAACAUCCAGAACUUGCUUGUAGAUCAGUUUAAAUGCUCCAGCGCCAAGGCACAGCAGCUCACCAUGACGCUGACGGACAGGAUGAUUACGGUCGAGGGGCUCUUGCGCCAAUCCCAGGAUCUGCAGACUCUGGACACCCUGGAGAGGACACUGGGCAGGGUGCACAUGGCCAAGCUGAUCGAGUCCCUGAGGAUGCAGAUCCAGGAGGAGACCAAGUGCCGCCUGGCCGCCAUGUCCUGUAGCCUGGACCUGCUCACCAUACGGGGGACGCUGUCUGGGCGACAGAAGGAGGACCUGCUGGCCCAGCAGCACAAGGCCUUCUGGGAGGAGGCAGAGCACUUUGGCUGGGAGUUUGUGCAGCGCAGCAAGGACCUGGUACAGGCAUCUUUGGCUCGCCAGACAGAGGGGACAGCCAGGCUCUCACUGGCCCAUGAGGAGGAGCGGAGGAGCUUCCUGGCUGAUUCUCCACUGACUUCAGACCCGGAAGAGUUCAUAAAGGCUCUCCACGAGGUCCUGGAGCGGCAGCAGCUGAUGUACAGUGACCUGGAAGAGGAGGAGGACAUCAGAGCGACUGAGGCCGCAGCUGCACUCUGCCAGGAGCUGUACCGGAGCACCAUGGACACCUUCCAGCGCCUCGAGGACACCUUGUUCCUGCACACGCUCCCAGGUGUCAGUGGCCUCCCCCGGGCAGAGUGCCAGUCCCUGCAGCAAGAGAUGCAGGAGGACGCAGCCCGGCAGCUGGGGCACUCGGACCGCUUCCGGAGACGGCAGUGGGGCCUCCUGCAGGAGCUGCUGGAGCAGGACAGGCAGGUGUGGCUGGAGGAGUGUGCGCUAUCUGCGCUGCUGCAGGCCCAGCUGCGGGAGGAGCAGGAGAGCACGGUCCGCGGAGUCCUGGGCCGGCUGGGCGGCCUCACGGAACAGUCCACGCAGAGCGUCCUGCAGGGCCACCGGCUGCUCCUGUACAGUGCCCUCCGCAGGCUGGGCCUCCGCGGCGACGCCCUGGCCGCCCUGGCUCAGAUGCGGCUGUCGGGGAAGAAGCGGCCGCUGCAGGAGCUUCGGGAGCAGCAUGUGCUGGAGCAGGGCUCCUCGCCCUGCCUGGACGAGCACCAGUGGCAGCUGCUCAAGGCCCUGGAGGCGCGCAUCCUAGAGGGGACCACCAGGCUGGAGGACGACGCACAGCGCACGCGGAUGCAGCUCCAGCAGCAGCUGCUGGCGGAGGCCCGGGACGCCAGGCAGCGGCUGCAGGCGCGCACGGAGCGGGCGGUGGGGCAGGCGCUGCUGGAGCAUGCACGGAACGUGGCCACCAGGAGCCGCGCCCAGGACAGGGACGACUUCAAGCGGACUCUGGUGGAGACUGCUGCAGAGAGCGUCUACGUGACCCGCGCCACUGUUAGUUGCCUGGCACAGGCGCAAGACCAGCGGCUCAGCAAGGUGGCGCAGGACCACGCAGAGCGGACCCUGGAGCGGCUCAAGGCACUGCACAGUGAGAGGAUGGACAGCUACAAGCUGCAAAAAAAGCAAGAAUUCAGGGAGCCCUCGUCAGGGAGUCAGGCAGCCGGCGGUGCCCCCCAGGGCAUCCCCCAGAGGGUUCUGUCCCAGCAGAGGAGGUUCCGGGCCCAGUUCACAGCGCACCAGCAGUUCCGCCUGGAUACACAGAGGCAGAAGGCUGAGGCGCUAGACCGGCUGGAGGCCCAGCUGGAGGCCCAGUUGCAGGAAGCCGAGCAGACCUUGGUCACUGAGCUGGCAGCACUGGCCCGAGUGCCCCUUGGUGACCACAAGCCAUCCUCCAGCAAGCUCGGGCAGCCGGAGAAGCUGCCGAGGACCAAAAGGAAGAAGCCCCUGUCCCGGGAGAGAGGAGACCCAGGGUCACCUAGCGAUGAGCACCCCACCUCCGGAUCGCCCAGCAGCAAAAGACUGAGUCAGCAGGAAAGCGACGCAGGUGACGGUGACGGCUCUGGGAAGAUGCUGAAGAAAAGAAGCCUUCCGUAGCUCCGGGUGAGGGCCCGGGACCAGACCUGAGGCGCUGGGACCCGGUCCACACACAGCGCAGCCCCACCCAGCCACCAUGACAGCAGGCCUUUGCGAGGGGCCUGGAGAGGGGCCUGGAGGUGCCCUGGAGAGCAGCAUGGGGACAGUGGUCCUAGGGCGGGGACAGUCAGGAGCCACUUUUGGGUGGGAAAGGCUUGAUCUCUGCCUCUCAUUCUCCGUGGGCCCUGGCAUGCUUCCUCUUGAUCCCCCCUUUCUCCAGAGGGUCCCCUCCCAUCCCUAGUCCUUUGUCCCCGCUGUCCCCUGAGCCCCUGCCGUGGAACCUGUCCUGUCCUGUCCUGUGCUGUGGUGCUGUCACAGCCUGGCGCCCUCUCUCCUCCACCCCACAGGGUCUCGGCCUCCCUGGCACUUCCUGGACCCCAGACCAACAUCCCUGCCCCCUCUAUUCCUGAGUCACCCCCAUCCUACCCCACACCCUGGCCAUGGGCCGCCCCAGUCUCCCCACCAGCAACAGUGCGUGGCUCAGCCAGCACGAGACCCCGUCACCCAAGAGGUGUUCACAGAGUCCAAUUCCUGUGCCCCGAAGCAGGGCUCCUCCAUGGGGGCCUCAAGGACAGGACAGAGCCUACACCCAGCCAACAGCCCCUGGUGGAGCAGGUGGAGCCCUGGUACCAAGCAGCAGCCUGUGCCCUGUGGAGAGGAGUCCCUGUGUCACCUGUGUCACCCCACAGGUGGUGAGGACAUUGGAUGGCACCCAGGCCAGCCACACAUUCACCAGCCAGGGAGGCCUAACCCACCGUGCCCCAAGCCCCAGACAGAACAGGGGUCCUUCAGUGACCCCAGGACCCACAGUGCCGACACUGGGGUGAGAGGACUCCUGGCUUGGGGUCACUCAAGUCAGGCCCCAGUGGAAGUGGGGCCUCAAGGCCUUGGGAGUUGGUGCUGGGAUGCCUGAUGUGGGGACCCCAGCCACAGCUCUGUGGGCACAGAGGACACCUCCCUGGCGACAGUGUCCCCAGGGCCUCGAUGACUGAGGGUCUUUAAACUGGCACACAGGACCCUGUGCUUUCCCCCUGUGGAGGCCUCCCUGAAGCCUGGCCCCCCUUGGUCCGCCUGUGACCCUCUCAGCUCCUCCUUGCUUGCUCCUCAAUAAACACAGGCUUCUCAAAAUUUA